CUUCGGCGACCAUUGUGCAUUUCUCGACAGUCUCGUCUACAACAAGCUGUGCUCGUUGGAAUUCUACUCGUGAAACAUGCUACCUAUAAAUGCAGUUUGUGUGCUGAGAGGUCUAGGAAUCAUGGGAACCAUUUUCUUCUCGCAGCGGAAUGCAGACGGCCCGGUGACUGUAACAGGCACCAUCAACCGCCUGCCAGAGGGGCUCCAUGGCUUCCAUGUCCACGAGUUUGGAGACUACACAGAUGGCUGCAGGAGUGCCGGGUCACACUUCAACCCUUUCGGAAAGACACAUGGAUCGCCAGAAGAUGAAAAUAGACAUGCUGGUGACCUUGGCAACGUUGUUGCCAACGCUGAUGGAGUAGCAGACAUCAAUAUUGAUGACCGGAUGAUAAGUUUGACAGGCGUCAAUUCAAUCAUUGGCAGAUCGAUAGUUGUCCACGCUAAACCAGAUGACCUGGGUAAGGGAGGCAACGAAGAAAGUUUGAAGACAGGGAAUGCUGGCGUUCGACUGGCCUGCUGUGUGAUUGGUAUUGCCAAUUGACUUUAAGUUGCUAUCUGCUAUACCGUCACAUCCAACUGGAGCCGUCAUCACCACGUGGUGUCUUACCCCUAGCAUAGUCGGAAUGUGUUGAACUAAAUCAUGUAAGUUAUUACACAUCGGACGUAAAGUCGCACAAGUUCAGAUUUGUUACUGUUAAAACAUACAUCCGUCGUAUGUUUUAGGAAAUUUUAUAGAAAAAUACGACCAACAAACCAUGUUCUAAAUCGUUA